AUGUCGGAGGUGGACGAGGAGUAUAAGCAGAUUUCGUAUACGGUGGUGCGUGACGAGAACGGGAACGUUAAGCUUGAUUGUCCUGCUAUUGGAAAACAGUUUGCUGCAGAAGAAAUUUCAGCCCAGGUUUUGAGAAAGCUUGUGGACGAUGCUUCAAAAUUUAUGAAUGAUAAGGUCACAAAAGUUGUUGUAACAGUUCUUGCUUAUUUCAAUGAUUCCCAAAGAACAACAACAAAAGAUUCAGUUCCUGCUUCUCUUGUUGAUUCAAUGGAUGAUAUCGGUGAGAUUCCAAUUCUAUUGGAAUUGAAUCACGAAUGCUAA